ACGUCGUGGUUCCGAAGCUUGGCCAUUGCGACUCUGCUCUGGAGCUGGCGAGUUAACUCAGUUCUUUACUCGGCUUGACUCAGGAUCGAAGGGAGAAGAGUCAUGCAAUUUUUAUCGAACUCUCGUAGACUCGCUAGGGUUUUAAAACCCUUGGUUCUCGUUGAAGCUGAUGCCAGAUUCGUUUCCUCUGCUUCUCAAAUCUCCGAUUCUAUCCAAUGGCAGAAACAUGGGUCUCCUUUGCCAAUCGUGGUUCCAGGGAAUGAUGGAUGCAGUCACUUGCACUCUCAAGUGCCCAUUAUGGGACUGAUGAUAUCCAGAGCAAGUUUUUCAUCAGAAGCAGCAAAACUUGAGGGAAAUCCUACAGAGUCUGUCAAGGAAUUGCAUGGUAAAAUGCUUGAUUCUAUAAAUAUCAAGAGAUCGAUGCCUCCGAAUGCUUGGUUGUGGUCAUUGAUUGAGAACUGCCAAAACCCAGAUGAUAUCAGGCUUCUAUUUGACAUUCUGCAGAAUCUUCGGAGAUUUAGAUUGUCCAAUCUUCGUAUUCAUGACAACUUCAAUUGCAAUCUCUGCCGAGAAGUUGCUAAGACGUGUGUACGUGUAGGGGCAAUUGACUAUGGAAAGAAGGCUCUCUGGAAACAUAAUGUUUUUGGUUUGACGCCUAGUGUUGCAUCUGCACACCAUCUACUGUCAUAUGCACGAGAGCAGAAGGAUGAUAAACUGAUGGAGGAGGUGAUGAAGCUCCUGAAAAGGAAUGACCUUCCUCUACAACCAGGUACAGCAGAUCUAGUUUUCAGGAUCUGUCAUGAUACGGAUAACUGGAACCUACUGGCCAAGUAUUCGAAGAAAUUUUCCAAAGUGGGAGUCAAGUUGAGGAAGACCACAUUUGAUGCUUGGAUGGAAUUUGCUGCCAAGAGAGGAGACACGGAUUCGUUGUGGAAAGCUGAUGGAUUGAGAUCUGAGACUUACAGUCAACACCCUCUUUCCAGUGCUUUUUCUUGUGCUAAGGGUUUUCUGCUAGAAAAUAAAUCUGAAGAAGCUGCUGCUGUCAUCCAGGUCAUCUGCCAGACAUUUCCUGAUGCAAAGAAGUCAGUUCUUGCUGCUGAAUUCAAGAAGCUGGUUAAUGAGUGGCCUGUAGACGUUAUCAAGCGCCAACAGGAGGAAGACAAGAAGGCUGUAGCUGCUUCACUGAAAUCCAACAUCCCUGCCAUGGUUAAUGAAUUGCUGAACUCGGGUUUAGACGUGAACAUCGAUUUAGACGAGUUAAACAAGAACGAAGCUCUUCUUAGCUGAUGAUCCAAUCGCUUGACGAGAUCCUGAGAUGGGUUUGAAGGGACGUGGCUUAUUCAUAUUGUCGUUCGGGUUUUGGUUUUUGGUACUGUAUCCCUUGUGUGUCCAGGGUUUUGGACACUGGACUGGCAUACUCUUUUGUAGUGUCAAAUAACGUAAUUCUCCAAAGAAGUUUGCUUCUUGAUGGGUAAUGAUCUGAUCUCGUUUGUGAAA